AUGUUCUGCUACAAGGGUCCAAACCUCACCAAUUCAUUGACAGGAUACUCAUUAGAUUCCGGCAGAGUUUAUGCAUUCAUUGGAGAUAUUGAAGCUGUUCUUUCAAAUAAAGAUUCACCUGAGAAUCAGGACUAUGUUAGAUUCUUGUGGUGGCCUAAUGGUGACAUCAAUCAACCUCUUGAAGAAUUCCGAAUGGCUGUUCACAUUUUCGGAGCAAUCUCAUCACCGAGUAUUUCAAAUACUGCAUUGAAGGCCACAGCAGACAAAGCAGAUGAGAAGUAUGAUUCAACUGUUGGCAGCACCAUAAGGCACAAUUUCUAUGUUGACGACUGUUUGAAGUCAUGUGCUGAUGUUCCUACAGCAGUGAAGUUGGUGAAGGAUUUGGUAUCUGCAACUGGUGAAGGAGGAUUUAGGUUAACUAAAUUUGUCAGCAAUUCAAUUGAUGUCCUUAAAGCUUUGCCUGCUGAAGAUUGUUCGGUUGAAAGUGACAAGUUUAAUCUUGACAUGGAGAGUUUAAUGACAAGAGCCUUAGGAAUGUUAUGGGACCUUAAAGAAGACUCAUUCAAGUUCUCAAUUGAGCUCAAGGAUAAUCCAUUCACCAGAAGAAGGAUUGUUGUCAAACUAUCUCAUCAUAUAUGA